AUGGCGGGCCGUGUGGUGGUGGAGGGUGCAGCUUACCCCAGAUGUUUGCUGAUCGAGGCGUACAUUCCAGCCUCAAGCGAGACGAUUCAGCUGUACGUGGCGGUGGACGAACUGGAACGCCUGUUUCGGGAUGAACCCGAGAAGAUGUGGGUGGGCAGGAAGGAUGACAUGGUGCUGGAGCUCGUCAAAAUGCUGUACUUCGACUACACGCUGGAAACUGAGGAGGCGGACUCGACCUUACCUGGUGGUAUACGCUUCACGUCGUAUCACUACUCCGACCGAGAGCCGUGGACGUGCCUCCACGCCCGCCGUGAUGCAGACUUCGACCUCCAUUGGGAAAGCAGGAACUCUGGAGCCGGGAUUGGUUUACCGGGGGCAGGGCCGACGGCGGGGGCGGCAGCAACACCAGCUAACAUCGGAGACGAGCGUUCGGAGGCUACCGAGGGUACAUGUGUGAGUGCACAGACAAAAGGCCGGUGCAGCGGCGAAGGCAGUACCUCCGACGCGUGCACCAGCGGACCUGUGCACGCCCACGGUACCAACCCGAACGACAACAACUCAAUCGCCACCGCUGGGCCAGCAAGCCGAGUGGCAGGGGCGUGCAGUGCCGCCGCAGCUUGCACGCCAGACGAGAGAGCGGUGUGGAUUACGCAGCGUCUGCAAGUUCGGGACACACAGAACAUGCUCGAUAUCGACGUGGCGGCGUGUGGUGAAUUGUCUGAUGGAGAUGGUGGUGGUGGUGGUGGCGGCGGCGGCGUCGGGGCUGCUGCCGCUGGUGCCGUUUCUGGCCAUCCCAUCAAGUCCCGAAACACACCAGCAGCAGCGACGGCAGCCAUGCAAGAGUUUGUUGCCGCUGAAGCCGUGUCUGGCCAUUCUAUAAAGUCCCGAAACGGACCAGGAGCGACAGCAAAAACGCAAGGACGCAGUGGGCGCAGCACGCUUGUUGCAACUGUGCGUUCGGCGACAUCCCGAAAGUGGCAAACAAAUCGGGACGCGGCACAGACAUGCGGCCCCAGGGCAAACGCGGCGAGACCGAACAGGGCCAAGCGAAAGACUCGGGUCAGAGCUUUCGACGUGAGGAUCGAAGAGUACAAGGAAGAGCGCCGACACGCGGAGGAGGCCAAGGAGGCCAAGCUCCAGGCGUGGUUAGCCAUCAAGAAGCGAUUUCGAGGGCUUACCCUCGGCACCGUGAUCCAAGUUUCGGGUCGCCUGCUGACGCUCAUGGUCUACGAGUUCCCGGACCAACCAGGCAACCUAAACGUGAUUUUCACAAACCCUCCGUCGGGCGCGACUUUCCGCCUAAGCCUGGGCAUCGGCGCAGUGGCAGCUCAAGCACGGCAUGUGUCGGUCGCCUCGUCUCCUGAGACCUGGACCCUGAGACAGAAACGGAAAGUCAUAAAAACAGUCAUCCAGAAAAAUUCGAAGCUAGUGCUGGUCGAGGAGGACGAGACGAGGGAUCGGGUACCAGAGAGUAGUAGACCACGACCGUCACAUUCCGAGGAAGGAAUAGACAACGGCGAAGAAGUAGACGCCGAGGCCUUGUCGAUGGAGAACGAUCCGUGGAACGGUCUUUCCGUGGGCGGCGAAGGGAUCAGCAAGCACCGUGCUUGCGGAGUCCGACAACUGUUCUGCGCCAUCAGGUGCCUAGGGCGAGACAGCACGGCAGCGUACGCGCACGAACUACCAACCGCGUCCCGGGGGUUCACCCGCCCGCGCAAGGCCCACCAGCUGCAGCAGCCUAACCCGAAGGACCACCGCCGCGCCUUCUCUCUCGUGUCUUCCCGGUCGACGCACUCCGCAUCGGUCGGUGUCGCGGAGCCAAGCGUUGGAGUAGCUGCGGCUGAUCAUGUUUCCGGUUCAGCGAUGCAAGGGAACCCAGCAUCAAGCCAUGGGGUGGACGGCAGUGCUGACGACUCGUGGAAGGAACUGACAGACAGCGAAGGUCAAGGGGCAACGAGGAGUCGAGAUGUGAAGGGGAGGGCGGGGACUUACGGAUGCGUCGUAAGGGUGCGAAUACGCCCGCGACAAAGGAGAGAGUGCGGACGCGGGCACAGGUUGUGCGGUGGGAUAGCGCGAGUGGGGGGUGCGCGAGGUAUAUACUCUCUGCUGCGGGAUAACUGGGCCGGCGCUGAGGAUGACUAUCUGCUGGAAUGGUAUGCGCCGAAUGACUUUCGCCCCCUGAGGCAAGGGCCGGUCGAGGCUCACACGACCUUCACCCUGGAGCUUCUCCAUCAAGAUUUGAACCUUCUUACCGAAGGCUCGGACAUCCUUGCCGCUGCGGAGGAGUGGUCCUCCAAGCGGGACGUCACCACGACCGCAUUCGGCGGCGCCCAUCCCACGCGCGAUGGCGCAAAAAAAUCCACCGGUGCCACGACAGCAACAACGGCACUGUCCGACAACGGUUUGGUAGGAAGGGGAGAGGAGACCAGAGUCUUGGCUCCAUCAUCGGGGGCCGCACAGGCUGAGGAACACGGGGAAAUAAAAGCAAGAAAUAGGGAUGACGUUGUGCCGCCGCUGACGGAAAGCGAGGCCUGGGAGCGGGUCGCACGCGAGAUUUUGCGCAAGUGCUACUGGGGCAGCAAUAUCCAAGGUGGCGUUGCCCGGGACCCGACCACCGUCGCCACACGCCCGGACUACGACCAGACAACUUCGGGGUCGGAUCAGCCUUCCCUUGAAGAGUGCAUCACGUCUCAGGUGACAAGAACGCCUCCGAGCGGGCUCAUGGCGGAGACGGCGGUGGGGCAGCCCGGCCGACCGUUGACCGGAGUUGACACAGCCGAUGUCCGACUCGCAGUUGGAACGUGUGUUUUCCGCAGGGUAAUUAAGGUAAUGGGUUUGGGUAUCCCUCCCAUGUACCUCUUGGUGGUCGUUUCCCAGUGGCAUGAUGCCCUCGUUGUGAGAUGCUACGACUUCAUCGGCGGCGAAAUCAGACAGGCAGAGAGGCUCGACCGUUCGAGGGACUCGGCCCUCAUCUCGGAGUUCAAGAACAUGGAACCGCGAGAACGGGAGAUACAGCUUCAGGUCAUCCUUGACGACUUGGUGGUAUUCGACAGCACAGACGCUGGAACGGACGCGUGGUCGGUGAAGUUUCGCGAAGACGGAGCGGCUGCCAUAAUCGUCGACGAUGCUGGAAAGGAUCUGUACGACGCGCAAGUCGAGGAGCAAAUGGCCGCCGCAGCUGCCCAGAAGCGCGAAGGAUCACAACUCGCUACUCAGUCGAAACUGCCCAGCCGAGGUACCGGAUCCUCGUGCGGGGCGACCAUGUCGAUUGUGGACCACGUCCCGUAG